AUGGCUUCAGUUGCCAUCUCGUCGCCCCCGCUAUCGCCACUUGGAAAUAAUAAGGAUAAACGAGUAUCAUUCGGCGAUGAUCACACAUUUGUAUACGAGAAGGAGGACGAUGCGACGCCGUUAGUGCCAAGGCAGCCGUUUACCGAACCAGACGCUCCAGUGAGCCGAGUAGUCGUCACAUCGGAUACCGUAAUACCUGAAGCUCCGUCACCGAUCCCGCCGCCGGCACAAUUUGAGGAAGUUCGGAGAGUCGCGGUGUCACCACCAUUACCUUCUAAAAAAAUGACCGACGCUGAAAAUCCGUUCCGACCUGAGGAGAUACUGUAUCACGAGGUUGACCCAAUUGUCGAACAAUACCUGCACAAACCAUUUCCGCCGAGCAGGCCAGGCUCCGCACAGAAUACACCCACAAAACAGCAGCAUUUCACACAGGCAGCCACACCACCACCAACAAAUCACGAAUCACCAUUAUAUCUUCAAAAUGGGUUAAGCAAAGAGCAAUUGGUGCAGAAUGAGAAAAAUGAGCACGGAAAUCAUUCGGAGCCACUUCUAGCUGAACACAAUAGAAAUGAGGAAUAUGUCGAGGAUCUUCCCCCAGCUGGCAAAGUCGAAUUAAUACAUGUAAAGAAGAAGAAGUGCGGAUGUUGCUCAGUACAGUAACCUGAGUGGCUCCGCCCAAUUUAAUUCCCCCCGCUAGCCCCGCCCACUCUAUUAAGUCCCGCCCCCACUUUUUUCCCGAUCAAAUUGAAAUAAAUCAACGAAUUUCUUCAAAAAUAUCCCAAACUAACUUUCGAACAAUUUUUCAUUUUUUUAUAAUUAUGCCCCGCCCACUUCUUGGCUCUACCACCACCCACUCAUAUUUUUUCAUACUGUACCGGUGUCACAACCCUACCGUAAUUCGUAUAAUCUGCUUGGCUUUUUUCCAUCUAGACCACCGCCCACUUUUGUCACUGAGCUUUUUUUUACCCAAAAAAAAUUUCGAAAAACUUCCCCUAACCAAUCUAAGUCCCCGCCCCCACUUUUUUACAAACUUUGUAUUUUUUUGUUUUUUAAAAGUUUUUUUGGUAAAAGUUUUUUUUCUGAA